GUUGCACUGCUUGAAGAGGCUCCAGAUGAGCAAAGUGUCGUACUUGCAGCUCAAUGAUCAGCAAAAGAGUCGCAUCCCGAGUUACAUGGACAAUCUAGAUACCAUACAGACGUGUGUCAUUCACAAUUAUGAGGUGAUAAAACUGAUGCUGCAGGAUUGCCAGUACAUGUUUCUCAACAAAGAUGAAUGCAUAACUGAUGCGGACUUUGAAAGAGUGAAGAAGACUGACUGUGCCCCUCCUACAGCCGAGGAGAUGAACAAAGUGAAGACAACCCUGAAACAGAUUGUCCGAGACUGGAGCGAAGACGGCAGAGCUGAGAGAGAAGCUUGCUAUCAACCCGUUAUGCAUGCUGUCCUCACACGACUAGGGUUGUCGCCCCACAGGUCUCGGAAGCCCUCAGAGGUCAAGAUCCUCGUACCCGGUGCCGGCCUCGGGAGGCUCGUCUUUGAGUUUGCCCGCCUGGGUUACUCUUGUCAGGGGAACGAGUGGAGCAUGCACAUGCUGCUGGCCUCAAACUUCAUACUCAACAGAUGUCAGGAGAGGCAGUCCAUGGUGAUAUACCCCUGGGUGAACCAGUUCACAAACAACCUGGCUACCAAAGACCAGACAAGGCGGUCCAUGUUCCCAGAUAUAUCGCCUCUCCAGAUUAGCUCAGACGCUGAUUUCACAAUGGUGGCAGGAGACUUCACAAAGAUAUACACAGAACCCAACACUUGGAAUGCCAUUGUCACCGUAUUCUUCUUAGACACUGCCCAUAACAUUAUAGAAUACUUGGAAAUUAUCUAUAACAUUCUUAUCCCUGGUGGAUAUCUUGUGAACCUGGGCCCAUUGCUGUACCACUGGGAAGGUAUGCAGAAAGAAAUGUCUGUGGAACUGAGCUACGAGGAGCUGCGGAAAGUCAUGCUUGAUAUUGGCUUUGAGAUUGAGAAAGAGGAGAUGAACGUUCGCUGCUCCUACACUCAAAAUCCUCUGUCCCUGAUGCAGAAUUUCUACAACUGUGUCAUGUUUGUGGCCAGGAAGCCCAUCCCGCGCGGGGCCCACCAUGAUGGAGGGAGCUAAUAACACUUGUUGAAUUAUCUUUGGUUUUUUUUUACCUGUUUGUAUUUCUGCGUUCUGUUUUUGUGUGUGUGAGGGGCAAGUGUUGUGCAACCAGUCGAAAGAUGUGUUUGAUGAAUGUAGUAAAUUGUUUUAUUCUUGAAGUACCUUUUUUGACCAUAAAGUUAGGUUGACUUUAUAAAAAACAGACAUGUCAGAAUUUUUUGCUUCUUUUAUAAUUUUAAACUAUUUUAAUUUUAACUCUUUUAUAGAGUGACAGUAAUGUAGAGGAUUUGGUGUGAUACUGUCUUGGCCAGAACUCUGUAACGGUUUUAUGUUUUUAGUCAUGAAGGAACAUUUUGUGUUACAUUUUUGCUCUUCUUUGUUUCUUGUUUUAAGCUUAUCGCACCAUGCGACAUUCAAGGUGUGCAUUCUCAAAGAAUGCUAUUAUUGUAUUGUUGGUGCGCUAUUCCCAGGAUGCUUGCCAUUUAGAGGCAUUUUAAAAGAAAUGAAAUGGUAGUGUGAGAGAUUGUUGCAUGUGGUGUUUGAGGAUAGCUCAAACCAUUAUCAACACACUCAAUCAGUUUUACUUUGUCUGCUGUGCUUAGCCCAAGUGGUACACCAUCAACAAGAAAUGAUGAAAUUGUUUCAGAAGUUGUGCUCACUUUGGUGGCUCUGUGAUAGUUUCUCUGACAAACCGUCAUUAAGACAAAAACAGUGAAUGUUACAGGGAUGUAUGUUACAGGGAUGGGUUUAUCUUUCAAGUAAACUUUGAAUCGAGACCAACCGUUGAAAAGCACCAUGGCUUCAUCGACACAUAGCGUCUCUUUUAGGUUCGUACAGUUCCUAAAACUUUUCAUUUAAGGUCAGAGAUGAAUGGUGUUGUCUUCUGAAUAGGGUCAUGGUUAGGAUCAUGGUAAGGGACAGGGACAGAAACAGCAAUGUUUCACCUGUCUCCCGUCAGCAUGGCCAUGUUGGUCUGCUGGUGCCCUGCUCUUUGCCACAGUAGGCCUCCACUUUCCUCAGUCUUUUCUUUGAUGCAUUAUCUCAAUAAGUUGAAGGCGUUGUUUGAAAUGUGGAUAAAGGCAAGAACUGAGACUAUAUCUCUCAGCAUUACCUCAGAACAGAGUGAUGAGUACAAAGCUGUCUGCCGACUCCAGUUGUGGUGAAGAGUCGGUUUCUUGACCAUGCCCACGCAUAGGCAAAAGUGGCAAGGAAUAGUUUCAUUUCUUGAAGAGUCACUGAUUUCUAGGUUUUUGAGACAGCCAUGGCUAGACAUGGUUUUCUGGUCUUUGCGAUAGAUUACUUCUCUCGCUUAUCGAUUUGUUUUAAUUUUUCAAGUCAUGUGUAAAAUUCAGCGGGUAGAUAUCUAACGCUAAUGGUUCUUCUGGUAAUGGGAUUUUAAUUCCAUGGAUGCCCGUAAACCGUUCAAUGCUAGGAAAGUUGUCUGUGUUUUGAACGCACAGCGUGUCAUCUUCUUCUUCUUCUUCUUCUUUACCUUGCUUAAUUUUCUCUUCUUGCGCUCCAUCGACAUAGGACUCCCUUUUCAUAUACACCAACAUUCCAGCUAUUACCAUCGUCCAUCCAUCGUCAUGGCUGUUACAAACAAUGUCUGUGCUAUAACGGUUAGGUGCCUCGUCGUCACACACUAAAGACCUUAGUUCAGAUUUUCUUGUGGGGAGAAUUUUUAUUGAGUUGCUCAGUCUUUCUGCUGCUGGGAUGUUGUACCCCUCUCAGCCUGGAUUUACCCUAACAGACAGGGUCGAAGCUCACCCCCUAAAUGAUCUAAAUUGUGUUGAGAGGGGUGUAAAAACAACUCCUAUGUGUAAAAGACUUGGAAAAAAAAAAAAUUAAAUAAAAACCACUGCCAUUGCUAGCUGAAGAGGAAGUCCUGUCUUGUGCUAGAACUGGUGUGCUAGUGUGAGAUGUAGAUGUGAAAGUGCUUACACUUGAUUCACUAGGGGCCACUUCUUUUGUACAGUCCAACAGCUGUGUUACAUGUUCAGAUUGGUCGUUAUCAUUGUAAUAAUCAUUGCUGUUAGCAUGAAGAUAUUUUUUGUAAAUGGCAAAAAAAUUGGUGGAGACUGUAGAAUUUCAAUAAAUAUAACAAUGUCAAAGUUCAACAUUUCACCCUGUGGGCUUUGUUGGGAAAAUGAUAAAAUAAUGAUUGUAAAAAUCAUUAUGAUCUUCUCUCCUUUCAACAUGAUGGUCUUCAUCACUGGAUCCUACUGGGUACACAGACUGGAUUAUUUCAUUGAGCUUCAGUCUUUUUGAUGCUGGAAUGUGUCCCACCAUUUUAAACGCCCGUCACCAUGGUAUUUUGUCUUUUAUUUAAAAUGCGUUGAAUCAACUCCUUAAAAAUGUGAAGGAACAUUUGUAAAUUGGUUUUUGAACACUUAACAAAAUUUGGAAUAUGGAAAAGAAAAAGCAAGCUCAUUAUUUGCAUGCAAAACUGAGAGGAUGCCAGGGUGGAAAGAUGUGGUGCGAAGGAGUCGAUGUCUGCCUAUGCAUCAGUAGAGUGCUGCAUCCCAAAUGAGUGUGGAAAAGACUGCUGCAACAGGGCGUGGUGUGAUGCGAAAAGGUUAAGCUUUGAACAAAAGUUAUGUGAUUCCUUCCUUAAAUAACUGAGCAAUUAGUGGUAGUGAAGUGAAUGUGGAAUUUUGUAGAAAUAGUUGUUGUUUUGAAAUAUUCAAUGUUCAUUUAAAGUGCUUUGUAGCUGUGUUUCUUGUGUUCAAUAAACUUCAUUUGACAGUGGUCUGUGCUUUAGUGAAUUUACUAUAAAUUACUACACAUUAUGUUUGAAGUUGAAAGGCUCUGGAGUGGAAAUGGAAUUGUAGUCUUUGAAAGAAUUGAUUUUGUUUUCAUUAUAGUCAGAGAAAGAUCCGGUUUGAGGUGAUUUACUUUCACCUACUUUUAUAAAAUCAAAAUGAAUUAUUAUUUUCCCCCCUUUGUCCUUCAUGGGAAUGCUGUUCCUUUGUUUAAUUGCUCACCCUCAUCAAAACACAUUUUCGACUGGCUGUGCAACAUUCUAGUCUGGAAUGAAGUUACCCAGACUUAACCAUGUUACGUCCUUCUUUGUUUUAGGCCAGUCAUGUCUUCCUUAUCGUUUUUUUUCUUCUGAUAAUCAGUGUAAAUACUGUGUGAAUAAAUAUAACAAGGAAAAUGUGAGUAAAUUUUCUAGAAUGAUUGCAUUUAUUUUAUAUAUGAGAACUGUAUCGUAUCAAAGUGUGCUUUUUACAAUAAAAAGUUGUAAGAAGGCAGUGUUGAUGGCAAAGUGGGCAAUUCCAGGAAGUGCCAUUGAAUACAUUCUCUUUUCUUAGAUUUUUUUUUUUUUUUUGAGAUGUGUAGUAGAGUGUUACUUUGCUCGUAGGCUAUGGUUUGUGUGCCUGUCAAUUUUUGGGCACAUGAAAUAAUUGGUAUCAUCUUAAAGCUUUUUUGUUUGUCUUGUUUUCG